AUGUCGAACAGGAUUUUGAUAAGGAAAAACAAAGUCAUUUUACCUAGACCUCCUCUGGUGAUCGGGAGUGGAAUUAUGGGGGAGAGAGAAAUAGAUGUGCUUCUUCAAGAAUAUAGCAAUUACGCUAAAUUACAGAAGCAUAAUAACAUUCUCAAAUUCUACGGAGUUAUCAGGGAUGACCGCCACUCGUUUUCUCUGGUGCUCGAAUAUGCAUCGCAUGGCAAUUUGUCUUCAUAUCUAAAAACGCAUACAGUCUGUUGGGAAUGGAAGGCACAAAUCUGUCGAGACAUUUGUCUUGGAUUGAUGCAUUGUCAUGAAAACAACGUUUUGCACUUUGACUUGAAGCCAGAGAACAUUUUGUUGAAUGAAGAUUUAGUACCAAAGUUGUCUGAUUUCGGUGUAUCGAAGACAAAGAGUAAAAUGGUGCUCGACCAGCACAAAGCAGGCGGAACGAUGAAUUAUGUAGCCCCCGAGAGAAUUUGUAGAGAUCUGAAAAUGCGAGAGUUUUUUGAAAAACAUCCAAAGCUGUCAGACAUAUAUUCAUUUGGAUUAAUUCUAUGGUCGGUGGCAAAGGACGGAGAACAUCCAUAUGAAAAUUUGCACGAUGAGGAAAUAAAGGCCCAGAAACGACUUCAAGAUUGUUCGAUUCAACUAGUAGCGCAACUUCCACCAAACACACCACCGGGUUACUGUCAACUCAUAAUAAACUUGACAAAAUAUGUCCCUAGUGAAAGACUGGAACUUAGUAUUGCUAGACUUGAAUUAGAAGAUCUCUAUGACGAUGAUGACGACGAAAAAGAAUUGCACGACAACGAAAGUUUAGGAAUCGAUUUUUAUUGCUUAGAGGAUGACGGUGAUACUACCGUUCAAGGAGUUGAUACUAGUUACUCUGAUCCAUUGACAAGUGAAGAUUUAUCAGACGCGGCUGGUAAAAUACUGACAACAUCACCUAUCGAUGAUGACAGGCAAAAACUUUCCAUUGACACAACAGACGAAGAUACACGUAGUUUCUUUUCCAAUUUCACAAGCCCCAGAUCGCCAACACCACACAGUAGGUCGGCGAGUAUGUCUAGUUUCAAGUCAUCGACUGAAAGCAUCAGACAAAGAUCUGCGAUUAUGCCUAGAUCCCCAACUACCAGAAAACCAAUGCGCAUAGAAAUACCCAACGAGAAUCUUCAAGACGGAAUGGAAAACACGCCCACUAGCUCAGUUGAUGGAAAAUCACAGGCAACUUUAACUUCAUCACCCAGUUCAAUAAAUAUGCAAUCACCUCUGUUUGAAGCACUAGCCAACGAAAAUAGACGAAAAAGUAUGCAUUUGAUAGACGAAAUAUUUGCUAUAAUGAAAGAUUGGGAACGUUCAGGUGACGAUGCCAUGACUCUACGCAUAAAGCAACAUUGUGCUGAUCGAGGUAUUAAACCGACAGAGAUACUCAAUAUACUCCUGUCAGAAAGCAAUCCAACAAGUGACACGUACUUUUUAAUUGGGUACUUUAACGAAUAUGUGUUAGGCGAAGACAAGGAUUCUGUGACAGCAUUCCAAAACUAUACAAAAGCAGCCGAAAUGGGAGACGCACGAGCUGAAGUCUACCUCGGAAUGUGUUAUCGCAAGGGCACAGGAGUAAACCCGAACCCAGCUAUAGCUUUCGAAUGCUUCCAGCGUGGCGCAGAAAAAGGAUCAAUGAGGGCCUUGAUUAAUGUUGGCUGGUGUUGCGAUCUUGGAGUUGGGACGACUGUCGAUCCCUACACGGCGUUCAGAUGUUUCAUGGGUUGUGCUGAGCAGGGAUAUGAUACUGCUCAAGUUAGAGUUGCUGUCUGUUACGAGAAUGGUAGAGGGACCAGGAGGGAUUACGACAAGGCUUUAGAGUGGUAUGUGAAGGCUGCUGAGAAUGGACACGAAAUGGCAAAGAAAAGAGUCGCAGAACUGGGAAAAUUUAUAAAGCGUGGAUAUAGGAAGCAUCGGAAACAUUUCUGGUGUUUUAAUGGAAUAACUUACGCCCAUGGUAGUAGACUUCUAUUGGAGGAAAAAGACCGUACUCAUACAAUGUCUGACUCUUUCUUCCCAUCAUCUUUAAGGGGAGAAGUCUUUUUCGUCCGCCUAGAUCCAGCACAGUUUGACUUUAGCUAA